AACUGGGGGGGGGGUCAAAAGGCCGGAUUGCCGGGAACAUGCCCUUGCACUUUAAGGGUUUAAGCGAAUACAAACGAAAUUUCAAAUGGAACGACUCUCGGAGAUCAAAUUCUUCUAGUCCCCUUUCUAAGCAAAAAGUACCUUGGGCAGGUUUGCCCUCAGACCAGCUGGGGAAUACAAAGGAGCCAAAUUUUAUCUCUAAGAAACGUGUGCCAUACUACAGACCUCAAGCUUCAAAAUCUUUUCAGUGGGACUGGAGCAGUGAUUCAAAUAGUAGAUCUCAUGAACCAGAACCCAAAAUAUCUGAACUAAUGAAACCACAGUCUUCUGUUUUAAAUGAAAGAGGAACUGAGAAGGCUCAAGAUAACCAAGAAGAAUCCAAAACUCCCAAUGCUCCUCGAGAGCCUAAAGUUGCCAGAUCACGGUCUGCGGACUGUCAUUUGCAUUCAGAAUUAGAACCAUCACUGGCUAGAGACAGGCAAUUGGCUGCAGUUGUUCAGAAAGGAAAAGAAGACAACAUGUCUUCUGGAAAAAAGAGUGGGGAUAAGGCAGUUCAUAAUGGUAUGAGCUAUGCAUUUAAGGAAACAGCACCAUUGAAAACUGUACCACAGAAGAGUUUAAAAAAAAACUCCGAGUACCAGAGACAAUUUGCUUGGAAAAGUCGGAUGGACAAUUCCCCAUUACUGACUGCAGAACAGAUUUUUCACUCCAGAAAUAAGCAUGUGCAUCCAUUUAAAUUCAGUAAGAUGCUCAGUGAAACUGAAUAUUCAAGUCAGUUUAAAGGUAUGCAGCCACCUAAAGGAUUGCGUUUCCGUAAAGACUUUGAAGGAAAAGAAGCUUUAGCAUUUGAGCAAGAAAAUCUGUCUCCAAUAAAGUCAACAGAAUCCACCUCAAAAGACCAGGGUCAGGAGACUAAGGAACAACCACCUCAAGAUAAACAGCUUCUAAAGCAACAGAAUCCACAUAAACCCAUCUGCUCACGCAAAGGGCUUAGAAAAAUUAAAUCUGAAUACAAGACUAAGUUUAGGCCUCCUUGUCAAUAUGACUACAGUAGAGGAGCAUACCGAUCUGAAGGGGGUACUGAAAAUAACCUAAAUUCUUAUUGGUAUGCUGAGGUAAAAGAACUUAGAGAAAAAGCAGAAGCAUAUAAAAGGAGAGCACUGGGCACUCACUUCUCCAGAGAUCAUCUCACCCAAAUUUUGUCAGAACAAAAUAGGUUAUGGGAGGUGUCCUCCUCAUCUGAUACUGAAGAAACAGUUAGUGACAAUGUCGAAACUCUGGACCUUGCAAGAACAACAGAAAUACCAAAUACUUCCAGCACAACAAAACAAGAACUGCAGUCUGAUUCUGUAGCACAAGCAUCACCAGAGAAAGCCAGAGCAAAAUAUAAUGGUAUGGGAGACAAUAGUAUGUCAGAUGUUCCUACCCUUCCAGUUAGCAGGAAAUUGGCAUGGAAUGAUGAGGAAGAGAAGCCAUGUGCACCAGAACAUGGAGGCAACCAAAGCCAAAAUAAUGAAACUGAGAAGGAAAUUGAAAUUGAGAGAAAUGCAGAAGUGGAAACAGUUAUUGAAAGUGAUCCUGUCCCUGUAAAAGUACGAGGUGAUGCAACAGUAAAUUCAGAAUCAAAUGGACAUUCCGAGCUUGAUUCUGAUGCAGGUGGGCGGCUACCUACACCAAAACUUAAGUCAACGGGUGGAACGCUGAGAACACAUCAUGAUCUGACCACACCAGCUGUUGGGGGUGCUGUUUUAGUUUCUCCUUGUAAAGUCAGAUUGCCACCAUCCCAUUGCAGAAGGAGAGAGCCUCCAUUGGGAAAAUCAUAUUCGCCCUAUAAAUAUUUAUCAGAAUCACCAAGCAAAAUACUGAAAAAGACUGAAUCACUCCAGCAGUCCCCUACUGCAGGCGUUAAGACUUCUGAUCCCAUUCCUAUGAGGGAAGAAUACAGAUCUGCAAAUCUCAACAGCCCAUCUCAUGCAAAGUCUGAACCUUCUAUUUUAACAUCGUUGAAAUUUCAUCCCACUGUUAAUGCAAAAUCUGCUUCAGUCACUGUUUUACCAUCUCAGAACUGCCCUCAUCGGAUACAAGGAACUCUUAGACAUCCGGAGUUCCAACAUAAUGGCAAUACCGGAGGACUAAGGGCAAGUCUGCUGAGGAUACCACCAACAGACCCAGUUGCUGCUGAUAAUGAAGAUGAUCGAAUGUCACAGAUUUCUGCACGAUCAGCAGCAUCCAGCUCACUUGCCUCUCAAGUCCUUGAGCGUGCUCAGAAAAGAAGAGAUAAUUUCUGGGUCAAAAAUUCAUGAACUAAACUUUUUUAAAUUGUUUUUUUUCAUGGAAGGACCUGUUAGGUUUUUUUAAGGCUUUAACAUUUUUGAAAUAAAACAUGAGCAAUCAAUCCACUUCAACUUUGAAUAUGAAUAUCUCUUUGGUAUAAAAUAAAUGUUGACUUUUCCCAAUGUUUUUGUUAUUUAAAAUAUAUUUGUUUUUAUAUUGGCCCAUGCUUUUGAGCUGUGAUCUAAGAGUCAAGUUGAUUACCAGUAUAUUGCUUUACGUUACGUUGAUAUUUAAAAUAAGCUAAUUUCUAUGGAGAAUAUUAAAUUACUGUUUGUAAAUCUUGUCUGCAGCAAUUUCAAUGAAUUCUUUUUUAAAAAAAUAAAAAUCAUAAAUGGAAUGUG